GCCGAGCCUUGAGCCGGCAUGCUGCCACUGUCUCAGUGACUGGUACACCCUACGUGUGAGCGAGUGUUUUUCGUUGUGCGAAGAGCUGUGCCUCAACAAAAGGCAAAAAGCCGGCUUUCCUGCAUCGUGUGUAUGUUUUCAAUAAAUUUUUAUCAUUCAUGCGAUAAAUCGCGACAAAGUUGAAGGACUUUUUUUUUAUCAAGGGUGAGAAUAAAUAGUGAGAUAGAGGACCUGGUAGUGUUUCGAUCGAAAAUACCCCGCAGCCGCCCCUCCGUCCCUCGCGCUGCGGUGGUGACCCUGACACUCGCUUUUUAUAUUUUUAAUCGAAUUCAAUUUUAUUUAACAUUUCCGUGAAAAAGUUCAUUCGCGUUAUAAUAAUUCUUUAGUGACCUUGAUUUCUCUACGAAAUUCGCGUGUGUGCCCAGUGACCUUGACCUCCCGUUUCGAAUCCCUAAGACUUGGAUGAUAUGUGGAUUUUUCUCGAAGGGUAGUUUCCGUGUGGGGUUUUUUUUUCGAGACACGUGGUUCCAGAAACAGUUGGGGUGUAAAAGUUGAGAAGGGUGUGUUGGAAUGAAAUAGUGCUCAAGACUACAUUAGACGAUUGUUUGUGAAUUUUUUUUGUUUGUCAAAGGCAAAACAACGGAUUUAUUAAUAAAGGAAAAAAAGGGAGACUGGAGUUUUUUUUGGAAUAAUAUGGCCCCAAGACGACAGGUCAAUGGGCAUGGUGGUGUUUUAAUUGAUCCAACAACAAACAACAGUCUCAAUCACGACACCAUGGAUAAUAUUAUUGUUAAUGGUCAACAUUCAAAUACGACACAUUGCUGUAUUCCAAGUGGUGAAUGUCUUCGGGGAGAUGCAUUGAUUCGAAUGAAUUCACUUCAGGAUGUGAUUAAAGUGACGUGUAAUAAUGAUAAUUGUCCAGUGGGACAAUUUAUGCAUAGAGAAUGUUUUGACGCAUGGGAGCAGACGGUGUUGACAUAUUUGAAAAGUUGUGGACGUGCCAGAAGUUGGUCAGAGCGUCAACGUCAUCAGAAUCUUUGGACCAAGAAGGGUUAUGAUUUGGCAUUCAAGGCUUGUGGAUGUCGUUGUGGCCGUGGACAUUUGAAGAAGGAUUUAGAUUGGUUGGCACCAGGUGUUAAUCAUGUGAAUGGAAAUCGUCACGAGGAGAAUGAGGCGAAGAAGAAAAAGCGUAGGAAUAGACAAAAUACAAGACCGAGUCUUGCUGUUUCCGCUGGACCACCGGGACAUGCUAAUCAUAUGAAUGGAGGAGGUCGAGGAACUGAUAUGCAGAUUAUUGAGAAUGGACGAGGAAGGGCUGGUUCUCUUUCAUCAAGCAAUGGGUCCAGCUCACCGCCAGCAUCCAGCGAGCCUAGCGUCAGCCCUCUUCAUCAACCCCAGGCUCUUGUCAAGAAGAAGAGUAAGGUGGAAUUCUUCAGCGAUAGAGUUCGACAAAGCUGCGGAGCAAAUGGUAUCUUCUCUCGUCGUUUGGACUUCAGCGCUUUCAACAGCUUGCCGAGAACGAAAUUGAACUCCUAUCACAUUAAGAUGGAAGAUGAAGGUAACCAUGGGAACGAUGACACGAGAUGCUUUAUCCUCUCGACCUUAGCGGCUUUGCAGUGGUCCAGGGUGUCCUGUGUCCUUUGCAGAACAGCGAUGCUAGUCUUUGAUAGGUAUCCUCUCGUUGAUGGUACCUUCUUCCUGUCUCCAAGGCAACACUCUCACGCCUGCGCUGAGGUGAAAGUCGAGGGUCGCACACAAUUUUUGUCGGCCGUUUGCAUGGGUUGCUUGGAGGGUAGCGGAAACGCUCCAGUUCGUUGUCGUUCUUGCACCCAACCUUGGGAUGGCUCCAGUCUGGUCCUGGGGACAAUGUAUAGUUAUGAUAUUUUCGCCGCCAUGCCAUGUUGCACCGAUCGUUUAAAGUGCAACAGCUGCCAGAAGCCCUUGAUUCACCCUCAUCAGCGACUAAACUUCUACUCAGAUUAUAGUCGUGUUUUCGCCUGUCCACACUGCAGAACAAUGGACGCUCACUUUGUGAAGCCCCUCUCGUCCUGUUUCACUCGCGAACAAUUUCAGCUGUACAGUCAGUGGCCGUAACCACUAGGGAGUCUAGUAAACCGCCUAAACACUGCGGGAGACCACCUUUCCUUGAAUCCUCUGCUGACUUUACUCCGGGCAACGUUACUUUAGAUACAUUUUUUUCAAUUAAAAAAAAAUAACAUUCAAACACAUACACACAACCAAAAACACAAAAAACACUUUUUUCUCGUUAACGAUACUUUUAAUACAAUUAAUGUAUUAAAAAAUUACGUUAAAGAACACAUACUGACAAAAAAAUAUCAGGGGAAGAUGGCCUACUUAAAUCAAGAAUAAAAAAAUUUACAAAAAACAAAAAAAAAAAAACAGAAAAUAACAAAAUAAAAGGUGAGCGCUUGUACCGCAGACUUCGCUCCGAUGACUUCGGUGAUAAUUAAUAAUGAUUAGGGUCGAUUUAAAAUAAACGUUAAAUAGACAAAA